UCAUGUGAUCAAACACGGAAGUAAGGUCUUUCCACGCAGACCAGAGGGAAGAGAAACUAUUUGUUCCAACAUUUUGAUGUACAUUUGAAGCCAGAGUGUUGCGAAGGUGUUAUUUUAUGAUAGUUAAUGUGAGAUUGUAAAACGUGAGAAUGACUCAGGCUGAGAAAGAAGUGGAAAACGGGAAGGAGAGAGAAAAAGACCGGGACAAGGAGAAAGAGAAGGAGCAACAGCGCGGAGUGAAAAGACCCAUCGCUCCUGCAGCCAUCGCCGAACCGCUUCAGGAGCAAAUCCAGAGCAAUUUUGUCAUCGUGAUCCACCCCGGUUCCAGAACUGUCCGCAUUGGCCGAGCAACCGAUACUGUUCCUAUUACUAUCCCCCAUGUGAUUGCUCGCAGACACAAGCAAAGUGGACAGCCCAGAUACGAGGACACAUGGCUUCUGAGAGAAGGUCUAAAUAAACCUGAGAGUAAUGAGCAGAGACAGAAUGGACUGAAGAUGGUUGACCAAGCCAUCUGGUCAAAGAAGAUGUCAAAUGGCAUGAGGAGGACUCCGGUGUCAGCUGAACAGGCCAGAGCGUAUAACUGUCAGAUCCGUCCGGCGGUUCUGGACAGCAGCUCCAAGGUGAAGUGGACCAACACGAGCCACCAUCCUGCUUACCUGGUGGGAGAUGAGGCUGUCUAUGUGAAUCCAUCCGACUGCUACAACGUCCACUGGCCGGUUGUUAGAGGUCAGCUCAACGUGCAUUCUGGAUCUGGAGGUUCCCUGACGGCGGUCCUGGCUGAUCUAGAGACAAUCUGGAGUCACGUUAUUCAGAAGCAUCUGGAUAUCCCCCUGAAAGAUUUAAAGUAUUACAGAUGCAUCCUGUUGGUCCCUGACAUCUACAACAGACAGCACAUAAAGGAAAUGGUCAACAUGCUUCUGCUUAAUAUGGGCUUCUCAGCUAUCAUCGUGCACCAGGAGUCGGUUUGUGCUACAUUCGGCAGCGGUUUAAGCAGCGCUUGCGUCGUGGACGUAGGCGACCAGAAGACCAGUGUGUGCUGCGUAGAGGAUGGAGUGUCCCAUCGGAACUCGAGGCUGUGUUUGGCAUACGGCGGCUCAGACGUGACGCGGACGUUCUUCUGGCACCUGCAGAGGGCCGGGUUUCCCUACAGAGACUGUCAGCUGACCAGCAGACUCGACUGUCAGCUCCUGCAGCAUCUAAAAGAGAACGUCUGCCACCUGAAUCAGGACAUAUCAGGAUUACAAGAUCACGAGUUUCAGACGCGCUUCCCAGAAGCCCCGGCUUUUCUGUACCAGAUUCGGCUUGGAGAUGAGAAAUUACAGGCACCCAUGGGUCUUUUCUACCCGACCACAUUCGGUAUUGUUGGUCAGAAGAUGACCUCGCUUCAGCACCGUUCCCAAGGCGACUCAGAGGAUCCUCAUGAUGAGCACUACCUGCUGGCUACACAGAACAAGCAGGAUCAGUCCUCCAAAUCCACUGCAGACCGUAAGGCUGUUUCCAGACUAGGUGGUGGUUUGGACGGUGAGGUGAGCUGUCAGGGAAGGACGGGGGAGACGUCUGACAUCCCCAGGAGCAGUGGCACGGGAGGAGGGGGAGGGUCACGGGGGGAGAUGGAGCUUGGGUCUGCCCAGGGAGAGUGUCUGAUGGGGACAGGAGAGGUGGAAGAGCCUCUGUCCACUCACCUCUCCAGGAAAACUGCCAUCAUUAGCCAGUUUGAGAGCAAAGCGCUGGGACUGGACAAAGCAAUCCUACAUAGCAUCGACUGCUGUGCAUCGGAUGAAACCAAACGUAAAAUGUACAGCUCCAUCCUGGUGGUGGGAGGAGGGCUCAUGUUUCACGGCGCUCAGGAAUUUCUGCUCCACCGCAUCAUCAACAAGAUGCCGCCCUCUUUCAGAAGGCUGGUCGAUAACGUGGAGGUUAUCACGCGACCAAAGGACAUGGACCCCAGGCUGAUAUCGUGGAAGGGGGGAGCAGUGCUCGCGUGUCUGGACACGACACAGGAAAUGUGGAUCCACCAAAGGGAGUGGCAGCGCUUCGGGGUCAGAAUGCUCAGAGAAAGAGCUGCUUUUGUUUGGUAAAACUGAAAGCCAGCAGUGAUGGUGCCAGAUGGACCGAAAAUAAGUUUUAGUUAGUAAAGGUCCUGAUAGUUUGUUACCCAGACGAGGGUUUCUGUAGCUUCUAGUCUAACAAGAGAGAAAGUUUGUGUUCUGUAAAUAUGUAUUCCUGUUAAUGAAGAUAUGUUACUGUAAAUAAACCACAAACUGCUUCAAUAACA